AUGGUCUCAACGAAACCGAGCAAGCCGAUCCAUUGCCACGAGAUCACGACGCCACUGAAGAAGACACGGCCUCCGAAAGCCGAGGACACCAGAGAAGACGCAUCAUGGAGAUCGCUAUUUUCAGAACUUCGGCCCAAACCAGCAGCUGUAGAAGCGCGUGCAAGCAAUCCCUCUCCGAAACCGAAGCUCAUCCCUAUUGUCCCACCAGUCCGAGCGAUGGUUUCCACGAAACCGACCAAGCCGAUCCAUUGCCACGAGAUCACGACGCCACUGAGGAAGAUGCGGCCUCUGCAAGCCGAGGACACCAGACGGGGCAGUGAUCUGAUUCCGGCGGGGUUGGCGAUGGUCCGGCCCUCGAAACCUCCCGCGCCGAGUCGACAGAUGCGUCCCAUCGUCGCUCCUCGCGCAUUCACCCCUAUCACGCUCCCCAAACCACCCUCGCCCAUGGUCUCACCUAGUAAGCGGAAAAACCGCGUCAACGCUCCGACUGGUGAACUACUCGAUCGAGCUAGACGACUUAUCGAGAUCGAUCAAUCCUCUCUCAGGAUGUGGCAGAGUGAUCUAGAUGCUGGUGCUCUCAGACCAGGAAAAACUAGGAAAUUUCAAAUUGUGAAAGUCGUCAAAGAAAACGGAUCUCAAAUCGCUCAUUGUCUCGAAAUCCAUCCAUCCACUACCACUACUAUUACUACUGCUACCAUCAACAACAACACCAAUGGCCAAGCACUGACAGGAGACGACUCUAAUAGUCCUACAAUCUGGAAAAUCUUAUUACGCGGACCUGAUUGCCAUGUCAAUGAUCGACUGAAAAUCUUCGCUCCUUGGUCGGAACUCCCUCCCAAUAUCCUCCUCUCUAACAAGUAUAUAACCAAUUGAACAAUACUCAUAAAACCGUUGGAUUAAGCGUCUCUGUUUCUUCUAUAUGUAGCUUUCUUGUACAAGAUUGGAUCUUCAAAUUGACAAUAUAUAUGUUUGUAUCUCAUGCCUGUCUUCAAUUUGUCUGCUCAUACGUUAUUCCUUUUUUUCAUCUUCUAAGCAAUCUUUGUAUGUACGUAGAUAUCUAUCCACACACAUGUAUCUUUCUUUUUCCGUUACCAUAUGUGAUUUUUUUUUCUUCUUCUGUUCUUCUAUAUGUUUGCAAAAGAUGAUUGAAUCGAUCUUGACACUAGAAAUACUUAGCGCAUCGACCUUUGACCAGAUUACCAAAGAAAGUAAUGUUACCAGGUUUGAUCCCUUUAACA